AUGGCGGCGAAGGGCCUCCCGAGCAUCAACUCAUCCGAGGGCCUCGAUGCGCACAACAACUCGUUCAUGACCUUUCGCCACAAGGCGUCGAUCACGGCGCUCGCGAUCCUCAAGAAGACGCAGCGCCUCUGCGCCGGCACGCAGGACAACCUCAUCGUUGUCUGGGAGCUCGACGAGUUCACGCCCGCGUACUCGCUGCAGGGCCACACGCGCUCCAUCACAUGCCUCGAGAACGUCCCGAGCACGCAGAUCCUCAUUUCGGCGUCCGUGGACCAGACCAUCCGCGUCUGGGACGGCGACCGCGACUUUGCCUGCGUCCAAGUGCUCACGGGCUACAACGGCCACAUCCUCUCCAUGACGUCGACCAACGAUACGCUCUUCAUGGCCUGCCAGGACACGACCGUCAAGGUGGCGAGCGUCUGCGCGUCGUCGCUGAGCGCGAUCCUGGCGCCGACGACCGAGUGGCAGAGCAUGAGCAACCACCACGGCUUUGUCUACGGCAUCCGCUACAUUGCGCCCGAGGCCCGCGCCCAUGGCAAGAAACCGCUCCUCUUUACAUGCUCCAGCGACUACUCGAUCGUCUGCUGGGAUGUGGCCGACAUGAGCGUGCUGGCGUCGUUGCACGGUCACCGCGGCAGCGUCCUCGACCUGGUCUCGGGCUUGCUGCGGCAGCUCGGCGCCGAGUGCCGAUUGGUGCACUGCGGUCCGAACAUCAACCCGAUCGUGAUUGGGAAGCUCGGGAACGACCCGACCAAGCCAACAGUGCUCAUUUGCGGCCACUAUGACGUGCAACCGGCGAGCAUGGAAGACGGCUGGGACUCGAACCCGUUCAUGCUGACGGGCCAGAACGGGUACCUCUACGGCCGCGGCACGACCGACGACAAGGGCCCGAUCAUCGCGACCCUCUUUGCAAUUCGAGAACUGAUUGCUCGCAGUCAAGGCGGUCGAGCGACGGACACUGACGACGCCGCGUCGACCAAGCGUCCCAAGCUCUCGAUGGACAUGCCCAACUUUGUGUUUUUGUACCAAGGCGAGGGCGAGAACCAAUCGCAGGGCAUCCGCGAGACCGUCGAAGACAACUUGUCGUACUUUGGCCCGAUCGACUUGGUCUUUAUCUCCAACAACUAUUGGCUCGGCGACACGACGCCGUGCUUGACGUACGGCAUGCGCGGGUGCCUCGAGAUCCAGCUCAAGGUCGACGGGCCCGGCGUGGAUCUCCACGCUGGCGUCGACGGCGGCGCGAUCCGCGAGCCCAUGCUGGAUGUCGUAUCGCUGCUCAACCGAAUCGUCGACCCGACGACCGGACGGUUUACAGAGCCCGCGUUCUAUGCGGCCGUGCGCCCUGUCUCGGAGGACGAGAUCGCGCUCUUCGAGUCGCUCGAGUUUGACGUCGACGCGUACAAGCAGACGCUCGGCGUGCCUGCGCUUCUCCCAGCCUUUGGGAGCCACGAGAAAGCCUCGUUCGUGGACGUGCUCAUGAACCGCUGGCGCUUCCCGGCCGUCUCGGUCACGUCCGUGAAAGGCUCGAUCGACAACUCGUCUAUCAUUGCAAAGUCGGCGCAGACCGAGCUCACGCUGCGGACCGUGCCCGACCAGUCGCCGGCCGAGAUCGAGCGGCUCGUGCUAGCGCAUAUUCGCAAGCAGUUUGACUUGCUCUCGACGACCAACACAUUGUCCGUGACCGUCAAGACGAACGUGCCGUGGUGGCUCGGUGACAUCCACAGCCGCUACUUUCAGGCAGCCGAGCAAGCGCUCGAGAAGCACUGGAAGAAAAAGCCGAUGCUGGUCCGCGAAGGCGGCAUGUCGCAGAUUACGACCUUUCUCAAGACGACGCUCAAAGCGCCGUGCAUGCAUUUCCCAUGGGCCAAGCGUCGGACCGCGCGCACUUGCAGAACGAACGCAUCCGCCUCCGCAACCUCCGCACCGGCAAAGACGUCCUAG